AUGGCCAACCGCGCAUGCGUUUGUCAGGUGUCGGCCGCCAUCAUUUUCCUAAUUGGAUUGGGUUUGCUGGUAGCCGGUUUGGUUGUGGUCCUCGGAGUUUUCCCCAACAUUGUUCACAAUCAAAUCAAUGACGUACGUGUUUCGGCAUGGUUAACUCUAGAAAAUAUCAAAUUUUCAGGGAAAAGUGCUUGGAUUGAAUGAUGACGGAACGCUCAACUCGUUCACGGACAGUUGGGUCAACUCUAAAUACAUUUCAACGAUGCAGUACUGGAUUUUCAACUACACAAAUACAAUCGGAAUCAUGAACAGGGCACUUUACCCGGAUGUUAUGGAGAAAGGACCGUAUGCUUAUGAGUGAGUUGUCAAACUUCCAAACUUACCUUACAAUGUUUGGUUUAGUGAAAUUUUAACAAUGGAUAUGGUGAAUUUCACCGAGAAUGGCGAAUUCAUGCAGUUUCGUCAAAUUCAAACGUUUGUGUUCAAUCCGAACAAAUCCUGUCCUGGUAAGACUGACUAAUUAUCGCAUGGCAUGAAAAACUUUUAUUUAGACUGCGACCCCUACAAAGACAAGGUCCUCAUUCCUGAUAUUGGUUUCCAAGUGGGAAUUGACCAAAUUGAUUCAGUCGUUGAAGCACUUCUGAAAAAUCCACUCGCCCAGACUGUAUGUCAGACAGUCAUGAAGGUGAGCGCGCGCAUUUUUAAUCAAUCUCUUAGAUUUCAAAACAUGUUUAGGCUCGUGGAGUUGCGGAUCCAGAGAAAUCUUGCGCGAACCUUGGAGCAUUGGUUGAAGGAGAGUUGGGAACACUUAUCAGCCUUUUUAAUGUCUCGCCAUUCACCACUGUGGUAUUAUCGAGUCGUUUGCUCGACACUUGAGAAUAAUAAUUUUCAGACCGUCGAUCAGCUUGUUUUUUCCGGGUACAAGACUCCGUUUGUAGACAAAUUUGUUAAUGAAGCAUUGGCAAUCUUCCAUUUUCUAUUCGACACACCUCCACAACCCAUCGACAACCCGCCGAUUCAGUUAAACGUGAGUUUGUACUGAAAAAGAUAAGAAUAUCAAUGCAUUUCAGCCAUUAAACGGAACCAGCGAUGUUCUAAAUACAGUUCUGACCGGGAAGACGGAUCCAUUACAAGCCGGGUACAUGACGGAGUUCUCAAGCAUUUCCAACAAUUCCUUGUUCAACAGUAUCGGAAACACACUCCCACCACAAUGGUUCGUAUUCUCGAAAACUACACGCUAACCAAAAUUACUUCAGGUGGCCGUACGCAAACAAAACUUACUGCAAAGAUCCGAACUACGCCUUGAGCAUCAGAGGAACCAGUGAGUCAUCUUUUAUUGCGAUGCUCUCUUUACCCGAAAGGUAUUUUCAGACGGUGACUACUUCAAGAAUUUUGUGAAGAAAACCGACGUACUUCCAGCUUUUGUUUCUGAUAUUUGCAGGUGGUCGAACUUUUCAAGUGUUUUAUUGAAAUUGUAUGUAUUUUCAGAAGUAUCGACUUUGUGUUCGAUCGCGAAGUGACUGUGAGGGGAUUCAAAGGCUAUCGAUUCGUGAUGCCACCCACUCAAUUUGACUACAGUCUUGAUGAAAACUGCGGGUGAGAAAAAAGUGAGCUUUGCUCGUUUUCCGCUCUAAACCUUGCAAAUUUUUGCUAUUUGCGCUACUGAUUUGGUCAAAUUUACGCAAAUACUAACAUUUUUUGUACCCACGACUAGACAAUUGUUUUCAGUUUCUGCAUACCGCUGAAGUAUGGAGCAUAUGAGUACCCGGCUCAAAGUGCGUGUCUUCCCAGUGGACUUUUGGAUAUCAGCGGAUGUUCCGGAGGGCCCAUCAUCAUGUCGAAACCGCAUUUCUAUCAAUCGUCGAAAGUUGUUUCAAAGUUCGUGCCGAGAUUCAGACCGACGUAUGAUAAUGAUGAGACGAUGCUGGAUAUCGAACCGGUAGCACGCGGAAACAGAGUUCAGUGAUGUUCAAAACAAGAGUUUCAGAAUACCGGAACCGUUCUUCAAGCCAUGAAACGUCUCCAAAUCAACAUGCUGGUCAAUCAGUACAAACAUAUCAGGUCAUAUUCGGUUAUGCGUCCGGGAGCGUAUCCAUUGGCUUGGGUGAACGAGUCUUUCUACAUGGAUCAGAACACUGUUGACCAAUUGAAUUCUCAACUUUUCAACCCCGUCAGCACUGUUAACACUAUCUGUUGGAUUGCUGUUGGUCUUGGAAGUUCGUUCGCAGGCUUGUUCAUAGUAGACUUUUGAAUUGCAGGUGGUCUUAUUGCACUGUCGAUUGUGAUGGUUAUUGUGUCGAUAUGCUGUUUCCGAGACGAUCACAACAAGAAAACUUCAUAAUUAUUUCUUUUGAACCUGUCUUUUCUCACACUGAAACAUUCCAAACUAUACAAUCAAAUUAUGGUUUCUGCUCUUUCUUUGCAUAGUAGGUUGUUGGUCAGCACGCAAGCGAGACAAAAAAAAACGGUGGAAUUGGACAGGAGCAUGGUGUGUAUCAGUGCAUUGUUUGGUGGAGCCGAAAGACAAUGCUCAUCGGGCCGAGGCGCGCAAUGCUUGUUCGGUAUUCCGGACAAACUAAUGCGCUCGGACAGACAAAGAGGGCCGGCGAGGAGCUUUAACCUUGGCAGCAGACGGCGCUAGCUUGUGCCAUUCUUCCUGCGAACAACAUUUCGACCGGACUUGUCCGGAAUCAUGUCUCCCAUACUCUUACUGAUUGUUGUUUUUAUCGGUUCUGUGAACAGUAGAACGAUUCAGGUACAUGCAAUUUUGUUAAGCCAUUCAGUUCGCAGUCGCUUCCUCAGAUGACUUGAAUCUUUGAAAUGUACCUCUGAUUCCCUGAAAAUUAUCAUUUGCAGUUCUACAUAGAGCCGGCACAAAAACUAAAUCCAACGUACGUGCAGCAAUUAGUAGAAGGAAGUCUGAAGCGAGUUCAGCAUGUGAGUCAAGCUAAAAGACGUCUUCUCCCCUUUUUUUCCUCGUUCCCUUCCUAAUAGAUGUUAUCCGCUUAAGGGUAUGAACUUGACUUCCUCAGUCAGCAUGGUAUAUGAUGGAGGCCAUUACAUUGUUGUUGAUUCACCGUCCGCGACGGAUGUACAUUCAAAAGAGCUCAUGUUGAAAGGCGUUGCAUCAAGAAACAUUGCCCCGGGAGAAAUUCAAUACGUGGUGACCACUCACGGUCAUCCGGAUCACUUUGGGCAAGGCAACUUUUUUCCUAAUGCACGACACUUUUUCGGAAGUUAUGAAUACUCGGACACCAAUUUCAUAUCAACCGAACUUCACACAGUCAGUUGUACUACUAUGUUUCCAAAGAUGCAUCAAAUGACUUAAGAAAGAUAUAAUGCAACUGACAAAGAACGUGCAGCUUUGGAACACCCCUGGCCACACUGCUCAGGAUGUGACCGUCAUGGUGCACAACGUCUCGUGUUGCGGAGUAAUUGCAGUGGCUGGUAACCGAAACGCACUCGAAUGCAAACAAAUGAUGUGGUUUUUCAUGUGAUCUUUUCUACAACGAGGAGGAUGCCAACGAGGCGGCAGGUGUCUGGUUUCAAGAAGCAUGGAACCCAAUUAUUGGCAAGAUUAGUCGCAACAAAGUGAUUUGUUAUGCGGAUUAUGUGAUUCCUGGUCAUGGAAAACUCUUCCGGUACGAAGAACAUUUGCGUGAUAAAUUCAAUUUGCGUUCAGAGUCACACAUGAUAUGAAAACUGCUGCCGAUUGCUUCACUAAGUACGAGACGAACCCAGAAGAAAACGGAAAUGAAUCUCAGCCGCAGUUUGAGAACAACGUUGAUCAGAAUGCAGGUGACUGAUUGCUGCUUGAAUUGACUGAUCAAUUUGAAAUUGCAAAUUACAGUUAUCCGUAAACCUGCGGAAACAUUAUUCUCAUCGGCAAAUUCUCUUUCGUCGAACUACAUCCGUGACCCAACAACUGUGGUAGCCGAGAAAGUACAAUCCAGCACUCAUGUAUCAGAAAUCACCACAACUUCACAGUUCUAUACUGUAGAUCUGACAGCUGGUUAGUUAGUUGGCAUUAGCUUUGAUCAUCAUUUUCACUUUCUCAGAAACUCCUACGAUCCCCGAUUCGGAGCUCAUUUUUGACGUUCAAGAGAAUCUGCCACCACUUGGAAUGAAGAUCAAGAAAAACAUAAAUUAUAUUGAAGUCCCUGGUAGUCGAAUUGUUUGCACUUGAGCCAGUUGAUAAGUAGGUGUUCAGAUUUAUCGGGUGACGUCCAUCCGAUGGUACAAUCCCUGGCUAAGAGGGUAUCAGAAGUGCUCAAGCCGCAGAAUGACACUGAAUUGGCCAAAAUGAUGCCGCAGUUCAAGAAGUGGCAGACAACUCUGAUCAAACUAUGGUAAGCCAGAACCCAGAAUUGUCGAGUGCAUGUGCAAAAUGUUUUCCAGGGAUCGGUACAUGCAUGCAAACUAA